GUACACCAUGUCUUCUGUUGUUUCAUCAAAAGAAGAUACGAUGUCGUCGGAAAAAGCAGAUGAGAAACAACCUGAAACUGAAAACAAAGCUGAGGAGACUGAUGAAGAUGAAGAAGAGGAAGAGGAGGAGGAGGAAGAAAAGGAAAAGAGUCUCAUUGUUGAAGGAAAAAGGGAGAAAAAGAAGGUAGACCGACUGACCAUGCAAGUGUCCUCGUUGCAAAAGGAACCUUUUACAAUUACACCAGGAAAAGGACAAAAACUCUGUGAAAUUGAAAGGAUACAGUAUUUUCUGAGUAAAAAGAAGACAGACGAACUUAGGAACCUGCACAAACUCCUCUACAACAGGCCAGGCACUGUUGCUUCCCUAAAGAAGAAUGUGGGUCAGUUCAGCGGGUUCCCAUUUGAAAAAGGAAGUGACCAAUACAAAAAGAAGGAAGAAAUGUUAAAAAAAUUUAGAAAUGCAAUGUUGAAAAGUAUCUGUGAAGUUCUUGACUUGGAAAGAUCAGGUGUUAAUAGUGAGCUGGUAACCAGAAUCUUAAACUUCUUAAUGCAUCCAAAAUCUUCAGGCAAGCCAUUGCCGAAGUCCAAAAAAACACCAAGCAAAGGUGGCAAAAAAGAGCGCAGUAGCACAGGAACAACAAGAAAAGCAAAACGCACCAAGUGCCCAGAGAUCUUGUCAGAUGAAUCCAGUAGUGAAGAAGAUGAAAAGAAGGAAAAGGAUGACUCUUCAGAAGAAAAAGAAAGUGAAGAUGAGCCCCCUAGAAAAGCAUCUAAAAGAGAAAAAUCUAGAAAGAUCACUUCCAAAACCAAGAAAUCUGUGAAGGGUGCAAAUGUCAAGAAGGCAGAUAGCAGCACUACUAAAAAAAAUCAGAACAGUUCUAGAAAAGAAAGUGAGUCCGAGGAUAGCUCAGAUGAUGAACCCUUAAUUAAAAAGCUGAAGAAACCACCCACAGAUGAAGAACUUAAGGAAACUGUCAAGAACUUGUUGGCCAAUGCAAACUUGGAGGAGGUCACAAUGAAACAAAUUUGCAAGGAGGUGUAUGAAAAAUAUCCUAGUUAUGAUUUAUCUGACAGGAAAGACUUCAUUAAAAAAACAGUCAAAGAGUUGAUUUCAUGAUCUGAAUUGACUGUGGGAAAUGAAGAUUCCUGAUUUUAUGUUCCCAUGGAUUUGAAGAUCUGAUAGGCACCAGCAAAAGGAAUGUGUCUUACCCUUGUGGCAUUUAGUCAGAGCUGAUUCUGCUGAUCUAAUGUUAAGAGUGUUAAUGUAAAUUGCUUUGUGUAUCUUUUUUAAAAAAAACAAAAACAAAAUGCAAAAAAAAACCCCAAAACCCCC